CGGUGGCGGCGGCUCUCGAGGCUCGGACGACUCGACGGGUGCGAGCAUCGACGGGGCGACCUUGAAGCGGAUUGCGCGCCAGACCAUUGCCAACGCCAGGGCGAUUGUCGAGCUCGAGGCCAACGUAAACGACAUCUUUCUGCUGGCCGAGGAGACGUGGCUGGCCCAGUCAGGCCUGCGGGUCAACACUACACGGCGGCCGCCGCCGAGCUCGAGGAGAAGGCCGCCUCCGACCCCAGCGUCGACACAGCGAGCACGGGACCGCCGUUCGUCGUCGUCUUCAUCGUGAUGGCGGAGAUUCGCACGCAGUUGGCGGCGGGCCCGCACAAGGACGAAUGGAGAAGACGGUGGAGCUCCGCAUGCACGUCCUCACUGGCAACGAGGGCGGUCGCCUGCUCAGCGUCCUCAUGGCCCGCAUGCUGACCGAGCUGAAUGCGCAGCGGCUCAUGAGGCCCGCGCCGAGGAGCCAGGGAGAGAGGGCCAUCCAAGAAGUGACUCUCGAAGAAGAGCUAGCUUUCGAAGUUGUUGAUUGGAAUGGUGAGGCCAUCCCGCAUCGCGGACCUAGUGACGGAGUUGGCCAGCAGCUUGUACGCUGCCCUGAUUCUCUGGGUGAAUCUAACGCUGAGUUUCUUGCUGGUGUCUCGGCCUCUUCGCCGCCAGCUAAAUCCUCAGUUUUGAAAGGUUCCGACGCUGGUGGAUCGACGCAGCGUACUUCGACAUUUUUGUUUUUGAGUAGCUCGGCUCGUGGUGAGUAUACGGCCUUCUCAUGGCCCAGCGACACCUACGCGUCCGACUGACCUUGAGUCCAUGGCAGCAAGCUCGACCGACCCGUGGACGCCUACGGCCACAGUGAGGACAGCCGUCCUUGAGGCGGGAUCUGCUGCCGCUGCUGUUGUGCCGUCUUCCAGUUUACCCUUCUCCUCUUCCUUUUUGGGUACCUCGUUCUCUCCUACGUACCCCUCUGCCGCUUCAACUUCCCCCCAACCUGGCUAGCAGUGCUCGCCUCGCUGCACUCGUCCCCCGCGGACUCGCCAAGGACAGUCGAGCCACGGGAGGAGAUCGAUUCGUGGGG